CGCUCUGUGCUUUCACACGAGCGAAAAGCGUUCAGCAACUCGAGUCGAGUUUUUCUGUCAUUACUUUUCAUAAAACUUAUAAAAAAAAUUAAUCCACGUUCUCUGACUUCGUUUCUUAAGUAUUAUCAAAUAUAUGGUAAUACCAGAGAAUGUAAUAUAUAAUAUAAUCUACAUUCUCUGGUAAUACUGCAACCAUCAGAUAUUAAAGAUAUUUAACUUGGUAGCACAGGUACAUGCGAUGCUCUGCUUCUGUUAGCAGCACAGACAUUCAGUCACCGCUCUCUGCUUCUGCCUGUGUUUUACAAACAAGUAGGUAUUUUUGUUCGCAUUUAAAAAUAUUUGUGAACACCACUUUGAGCAUAUUGAUUACCCGUUGUAAACCAUGGCUCUCGUUAACGAAGCGCGUAUUGCAUUGAACCGUAUAGGAGUGAUUUCUGGGCGCCAACAGCUUAGAUCACUCACUACGGGCAAAUAUUUGGCCCAGCAAGUGGAACCCCAGGAGAUAAAGACACCGCAAAUCAAAACUUUUCAAAUCUACCGAUGGAAUCCAGACAAUGCUGGAGAAAAACCAUACAUGCAGACGUAUGAAGUGAAUCUCCGUGAAUGCGGUCCCAUGGUCUUAGAUGCUUUAAUAAAAAUUAAGAAUGAGGUAGAUCCAACAUUAACUUUCCGUCGUUCAUGUCGGGAAGGAAUUUGCGGAUCAUGUGCUAUGAAUAUCGGCGGUACAAAUACUCUGGCAUGUAUUAGCAAAAUUGACACAAAUCUUUCAAAACCGCUUAAAGUUUAUCCCCUUCCACACAUGUAUGUGGUUCGCGAUUUGGUGCCUGACUUAAAUAAUUUUUAUGAACAGUACCGUUCAAUUCAACCUUGGUUACAAAGAAAGAAUGAGGUAGCAGAAUCAAAGGGUAAAGCGCAAUAUUUGCAAUCUGUGGAAGAUCGUUCCAAACUUGACGGUUUGUAUGAAUGCAUUCUUUGUGCUUGUUGCUCCACUUCGUGUCCAUCAUAUUGGUGGAAUGGAGACAAGUAUUUAGGUCCAGCUGUAUUGAUGCAAGCUUAUCGUUGGAUUAUUGAUUCUCGAGAUGAAAAUACUACGGAACGUUUGAGUAAGCUUAAAGAUCCCUUCAGUGUAUAUAGAUGUCAUACAAUAAUGAAUUGUACACGUACUUGCCCUAAAAAUUUGAAUCCUGGUCGGGCAAUCGCCGAAAUAAAAAAAUUGCUGUCUGGCAUGGCAAGCAAGCCAGCACCAAAGCUAGACACAGCGGCUCUACAUAAAUAAAUUGAGAGUAGCACUGCUAAUACAUACUUAGUUAUAAUUAUUCAAAGAUAAUCAUAUAUGCAGCUUUGAGGAAAUUUUUAGUCGAUUUAUCACUUGAGCUUAUUUUCCAAUUUAAGGUUUGUUCUGUAUUGAAGGCAUAAUUAAUCGAAAAAGUACUUAUUCAUAGAUAAUUUUUUAGAAAUGUCUAUAAUACUCUGAAAUGUAAUGUCGAAGGAAAUCUUAAGUUGUGUACGUAAAAUAAAGAACGAUAUAAUUGGUUUUAUAUAAAUUGUUAUAUUGUAGUGGGUAUAAGAAUUGGGGGAAAAUGUAAAUAUACAUGUAGGCAUCUAUAUACAUUUGUAUGUAUGCACAUACCAUAAGCUUUUAUAAAUAUAUAGAAUAGAUUAUUCUAAAACCGUUUUGGUUUCUAAAAAAAAAUUAAAUGGAAUAAAUAUUUAUAAUAAAGUACAUUUUAAUUUUUGCAUAAGGGUAAAUUUGCCAAAACUAUGAAUGUACUAAUUAUAUUCAUAUACAAUUUUAAAAAGCCAGUCAAACUUGACGUCGGUGGAAAGAUUUAAAGACUUGGCAGCCCUUUUAAUAUAUAACAGUAUUGUCAAUUCCAAUAAACUUAAUUACCGAUACCGUUGAAAAAUUCUUUUAGUUUGUUCCUUAGUGCUGAAAUAAGUUUAGCGAAAAAUUAACUAAAAAAAGUUUUAUAGCAAUAUGUUAUCAGUUGCAGAGAUAAUAAACUUAUUAAACAGUAUUCCAGUUGGUUACAAAUCACCAGAGGAUAACUGUUUUAAUGCCGGCAAUCAAACGUACAUACCAGAAUACAAAAAACUUGGAGUCAUAACUGUUGCUAAUGAAUUACAAGAAGAUUUGCCUGAGACGGACAAAAACGAUUUAUUUUGUGAUAUGCCUGGAUGUCAAGUUGCUUUCAAAAACGCCGCUUCUUACCAGUCUCAUUUUUACAAUGAACAUCGAUAUAUAUGUUCUGUUUGCCGUCGUUGUUUGCCUACAGCGCAUUUGCUGGAUUUGCAUAUUUUAGAGUGUCACGAUUCCUAUUUUAUUAUUCGCGCAAAACGUGGAGAAGCUAUGUAUUCAUGUUUUUUGGGAGAAUGUAAAGUAAAAAUUCUUACACCAAAGCAACGUAGAGAACACUGCAUCAGCAAACACAAAUUCCCCUCUAAUUAUAGGUUUGAACAAUUAUGCGGCAAACCGUAUAAAAGACAUACGAAAAAACCAUCCAAAAGUGUCGAAGAAGUCGAUGUCAUGGACGUUGUUGACGAUAUUCCUAGCUUGAAUUAAUAAGUUUCCUUUCAUCAUCCAAAAUAAAAAAACCUUGGCUCACUAAAGUAAAAAAGGCCAAGUAGUUAUUUAAAAUUUAUUCAUUUAUUCCAAGAUCAAUUUUUUUUAAUAAAUAUAUUGAAAUCUGC